AUGUCUCUCGCUGUCUGCCUGCUCUUGUUGACGUGGAGCUCAUCCGUGUCAAGCGGUGACUGCCAUUUCUUUCAAAAUCUGUUUUGCCCCGUAUGUGGAAGUAAAAAUCCCAACAAUAACGUCAUCGAUGUCUCAGAACCGACCAAUCCAUCAACGUUUGCAAGUCUGACAACACUGGAGCUAAAGGCGAUACGUGCAUAUGUGCAGAAUGACCCCAACAUCAAAGUGUCCAAGCCUGAAAAUGCCACAAUCGUCACCAGUUAUCUUUUCUCUGCCGACCUGCUUCUUCCACCAAAGGCCGACGUACUGAAGUUUCUGGAUAAGAACGGUCGGCAGCCAACCAGAAGGGCCCGUGUGGUUGUAUUCAGGGGAGACAAACAGCCACCAGUAGUAGAAGAAUACGUGUGCUCUCCCCUGCCCAACAUCAGCAAGUGCGAGCUGUUGCAACUGUCCUCAAGGAAAAACCCGGUCAACUUCAACUUCAGGCCUGGCGUUGAAUUGGAGUUGCAAGCUGCCCUGCCACUGAUCUACCAGCUGGAUCAAAAAUUAGGUCCGAUCUUGCUGGAAAGUUUUGGAGAAAGAUUCACUAACUGCACCCAAGGACGCGACUGUCUGACGAUCUCAAAAGCCCCAGUUGGAAGUGGCGUGCUACAGGACAGCUCACAGAGGAAGACGUGGCUACAAGCGGAAUACUUCCUUGACUAUUACCAGCUGCACCCAUUGGGUUUCGCCGUUCUGUUUGAAUCAACCGGAAGUGAUGCAUCACAAUGGUUCAUAUCAAAAGUCUGGUACGGCGACAAACUGUUCAACAGCGUGGAUGAGUUCAUCGAAUCCUACAACAACGGCAGUGUCACCAAGGUGAAGCUCACGAAACCAAUCAACGAUAAAAACUUGUUCUCGAGCAUGUACCGCCGAGGUCCAGAACAACCGCGCUACCCACAGCGACCACCCACGCUUGUAGAGCCUGAUGGCAAACGGUACUCAAUCAAGAAUGACAAGGUCACCUAUCUGGACUGGACUUUCAACUACCACAUGUCUUCCAGAAAUGGACCAGCCAUCUAUGACGUCAAAUUCAGAGGCGAGAGAAUCGUGUAUGAACUGGCCGUGUCUGAGAUCGCUGUCAUUUAUUCUGGAUACAUGCCGUUUGGUAACACGGCUAACUACGUGGACAGUGCAACAGGCAUGGGCGUAUCUGCGAAAGGUUUGGUGCCCGGGGCUGACUGUCCAGACACAGCAACGCUUGUCAGUUCUGUGUUCCUGUCAGAAAAGAAGUCCGAACCAGAUGUUUACAAAACGUCCAUCUGUAUCUUCGAGAACAACAAAGGCGACCCGCUGAGACGGCAUAUGUCAUACAACUUGGACUCCGGCUCUUUCUAUGGUGGCAUGCUCGAUUCAAAUCUCGUGUUCAGGACAGCUCUGGCGGUGACUAACUACGACUACAUUGUUGACUUUGUCUUUCAUCAGAACGGGGUCCUGGAGGUGCAGACGCUUAGUGCAGGCUACGUCGUGUCUGUCUACUACGCCACUGCGGAAAGACCGUAUGGAUUUCAGGUUUACAAGAAUCUUCUAGGAAAUGUCCAUCACCACUUGUUUCACUUCAAAGUGGACCUGGACAUCCAAGGGACGUCCAAUAGAUACAAGACUUUAGACCUGAAGGAGGAACUUCGUUCGCCCACAGCGUUCCCGGGCAAGCCAUAUUCUCAAGUCAAGAUCGUGCCCACGCUGAAGAGAACUGAGAAUGAAGCCUUACUCAAGUAUAACUUUGAUGAACCGAAGUAUCACAUCGUCUACAAUGAGGCGAGAAAGAACAAGUUAGGAGAAGACAAAGCCUACAGGUUGCACGUACAAGGGAUCUCCAAGCUGCUUCUGCGUGAAGGUGUGGCUAACGAGAAUACCUUCUCGUGGUCUAGAUAUCAGAUUGUGGCCACUACACAAAAGGACGGUGAGAUCUCUUCUAGCUCACCUUACGGCAUGUAUGACAGUCUGGAACCGACCACCAAUUUCACCACCUUUUACUCUGACAACGAGUCAAUUGUCGAUAAGGAUCUUGUGUUCUGGGUGGCCCUGGGUAAUUACCACAUUCCUAGCUCCGAGGACAUUCCCACAACAACAACUGCCGGCCACAAGCUCAGCUUCGCCUUGUCUCCCUUCAACUACUUUGAGCAGGAUCCAUCGAUGGGAUCACGUGAUGCUAUCGUUAUCGAACACAUUAAUCCACUGCUACCGCCUCUAGGUGUCACAGUUGACAGACAUGGAAACAGUCGGGACCAAUGCUUGCUGCCUAAACCACGCUUGGAGGAAGACCUGACUCAAGAUCCAGACCGGGACUUGCGGAGUAGAAAUCUUUGA